AUGACUGUCGACGCAUCAUCCCGCCGCACGCUCUUCAUCAACGCCGCGCUCGUCGGCAAGCCGGCAGGGCGGUACGCCGUGCUCGUCGACGGCGGCGUGGUCGUCAACAUCAGCGCGACGUCGGUCGUCGACGUGCCAGACAACACCGAGGUGGUCGACCUCGCGCUCCCCGACGGCGGGCAGCAGUGGCUCAGCCCUGGCCUGAUCGACUGGCACACGCACUUCACGAUGAACACGCUCGCCACGCGGCGCUUGGACCUGUCCAAGGCGAAAUCCGCCGCUGCUGUCCUCGAGGCCGUCGCGGCGCACAUCGACGACCCGGCAUACGACGAGGGCGGGCGCUUCGUCGCGCGCGACGUGCGCAACGGCGAGUGGACGGACGAGGAGCUCCUCACCCGCGCCGCGCUCGACAAGAUCUCGGCGACCAAGCCCAUCGUGCUCGUGUUCAACGGGUACCACUCGAUCCAGACGAACACUGCUGGCCUCAAGCUCUCGGGCCGCGACACGGACACGGACGAGCACAGGGACCACAGCGGGUUCCUGCUCGAGGCCGACGCGUUCGGCUUCCUCGUCCACCUGCAGGACACGGCCGACGCGUCCGUGCUCGACAAGUGGGUCAUCGGGGAGGCUGAGCGCGCUGCGUCGCUCGGCGUGACCGAGGUCGUUGAUCUCGAGUUUGCGCAGUCCAUCGAGAGCUGGGAGCGCCGCGCAGACAAGGGCUUCAAGUCGCUCCGCGUGCACAUCGGCUUCUACCCGCACCAUCUCGACGACGCCCUCGGCCGCGGCCUCAAGACGGGCGACGUGAUCCCCGGCACCAACGGCCUCGUCACCGCCGGCCCGUUCAAGCUCAUCACGGACGGCUCGCUCGGCUCCCAGACGGCAUACUGCUGCGACCACUACCCCGGCAACCCGGACAACCGCGGCAUCCUCGCGUUCCAGGGGGACGAGAUCGACGCGCUGUGUCUGCGCGCGACGACGAACGGGCUCCGCCUGGCAGUCCACGCGAUCGGCGACGACGCGCUCCGCCUCGUGCUCGACAAGCUCGAGGCGCACUCGGCAGCAGGUAGCCACCCCCUGCGGGGUAGCACGAUCGAGCACGCGCAGCUGGUCCACCUCGACGACCUGCCGCGCUUCCACAAGCUCGGGCUGAUCGCCUCCAUCCAGCCGCGCCACCUCGUCGACGACCGCGAGCUGUGCCACAAGUUCUGGCCCGGGCGCGAGCCCCGCGCGUACGCCUUCCGCGCGAUUGUCGACGCCGGUAUCCCGAUCAAGCUCGGCUCAGACUGCCCCGUCGCCCAGCUCGACCCCUGGGAGGCGCUCGCGUGCGCCAUUACGCGUGCUGGGCCCGGCGAGGCGCCCUUCGUCAAGGAGCAGAUCAUCGACCUCAACACCGCGUACGCCGCCAGCACGCACAACGGCAAGCUCCACAUUGCCGAGGGCGAGCGCGCCGACCUGGUCAUUCUCGGCUCGAACCCCCUCGAGCAGGACGCGGCCGGUCUCCGCGCCAUGGUCGUCGAGGGUACCCUGCUCGGCGGCAACUGGACGUUCCGCCGCGGUGCCAAGGCGUAG